CUCUCUGUUAAGUCUUGUCUUUUGACACAGGUUUCAACGUUAUCGUGGCUUAAAGCUUGGCUUGAUAAUGUAAUGGCCAGUGUACCCGAGCUAGCAAUUUGCAACCAUUUGAACGGUGUUGUCCAAGGGUAUGAGCUUCUACCAGAUGGAAUCUCUGGGGAAGUUGACCCUAAUGUUGUUCAGCAAAACUGCCUUGCAGUUCUACGGUUUCUUCAAUCAAAUUGCAAAGAGGAUCCUAGUGUUUACUGGGUUGUUCGAGCAUGUGCACACGAGCAAUUUGCAAGGUACAUUUUGAAUAAUGAAGAGGAGUUUGAUUUAACUGCUGAGGCUAAUAAUGUGCAACGUAAAUUCAAAGUAGCAGACUUAGAGGAGGAAUCACUUGAUCGUGUUAUGAACUCAGUUUCAGGUUCUAGUCUCGACAUUGGUCCUGAUCAUGCGCCUUUGACUACAGCCAUUUCAGUUUCAUUGCAACGAGCAGCUGUUCACCAUGUUAUUCAGGCUAUUAAGUCUCUCAUGGGGACGCAACAACUAAUUUCUUCAGAAGAGGAAGUUGAGUGGCUUCCAACAUCAUCACUAGACAGGAAAUUGUGGAGUCUCGUUAUGCUUCUUGGUGAAUCAUAUCUUUCUCUGGGGGAAGCUUACAAAGAGGAUGGACAGUUGCCCCAAGCUCUGAAUAUUGUGGAGCUAGCUUGCUCCAUUUUUGGAUCAAUGCCUUACAAGUUUGAGGAGAGAUUGUUUGCAUCUGCCUUGUACACUUCUUUUUCACGGCUUAUAAAGUUUGGGGAGUUGGUGAACUUUCAACAACGCAAGGGGAGUUGUUUCAGGGAAGUUUCAUCAGUACGUAUCUUUUGGGCUACGGUAUGGUUAAUUGUUGGUGAGAUUCAUGGGUCUGAAGUAGCGAAGAAAGAAGAAAUGCCGUCUGAGAUUGUAGAAGAAGUGGAGAAGCUCAAAAAGAAGUUAACGGCACACAGUAAAAAAUGUAACUUAUGUUUGUUAGUAAAUUGCACUUGUGUGGCUCAGAGCAAGAAGAGCUGGGGCAAAGGUAAACCUGGUAGCGGUGGAAUAUUUAAAUUUCUCACCACGUCUAGGAAGGAUGAUCCAGAAAGCCACCUGUUGGCUGCAUUAGAGUGUUACCAACAAACUCAAAGAGCAUUAUUUCCAAGCGACGGCAAGGACUUACAAUCCCUUAGCAAAAAGAAAGCGUUGGUAUGGAAUGAAAUUGGUCAAUAUCUUAAUGACAUCAAGAAAUAUGCGGAAGCAGAGAAGGCAAUGACUAAUUCUAUUGAGGGAUUUAAGGAGAUUGAGCAGGCCGGAGAAAAGAAAAGUACCCUGGCCCAGCUGCAGGAGCAACUAGUUCAGGAGCAACUAGCAACUAGGAUAGGACUAACUCGAGGCAAAGAUAAGGGAAUUCGGCAGCGGACUGCUGAAAAAGCUUACAAAGAAGCUUGGGAGGCUACAACGCUAGAUUACGUAACCUCACUUGGGUACUUUCUGACAGCAGAGAGAGAACUCGGUCUUUCCACAGAGAAGGGUAUUCCUAUUUCAGAAGAAAUGAGAACUCAAGUCUACAUACAGCUUGGUCAUGCAUAUUGUGGUCUUGGUGCUCAUUUGGAAGAAGCAGGCACAACGGCCGUUGCACCUCAUGUAUUAGAGAGCACUGAUGAUUCUUCUCCUGGUCGAUUAUCAGACAUUAGUGCUUUUAGAGGGGCACGGGAUUCGUACAAAAUUCUCGGGGAAGUUGGUAAAGCUUUAUAUGCAAUCACUUCCAAAAAGUUAGCGUCGUGUCACCAUAAGUACUGCCUAGAGUUUUUGGAGAGUAUGGACAUUGAGAAAGCCAAGGAGCACGCUCUUUUGGCAGAUGAGAAUUAUCAGAGGUCAGUGGAUGGUGUAGGCCCUGAGAAUAAUCCCGCUGAGUUCCUGGAAAUCCUGUUUGAGGAUUCGGAUAUGUCCUUCCAGUUUAAAGAACAAUCAAACUUUUUUCAGAUGCUGGAGUUGGAUUUGUCUCGUUUUCUUGAAGGACGUCACAUUUCGAAAGAAGAUGAGAAAGAAUUAAAAGAGGAGCUUCUCUUGAAAUUUUGGGCCCGACUGAGAAAUACUCUGAGGAUUCUGCUGACUGAAUACUCAAAGUCGUCAGCAGGAGGAGCAAACAAGUCUGGAACACUGAAAGAGAUGUAUUCAGCAUCACUCAAGGCAACAAGCCUUAGUGACCUGAAUGGGAUGCAUGCAUUGUGGACAGCUCGAUCUUAAGGACACUCCAGGUCCAUGGUGUCCAUAUAUUAGUCUUCCUUAGGUCUUUUACUUAUUCGAUAUUGUGGUCACGUUUUUAACCUGAAGUUCGAAAUAUCUUCUACUUUGGUUUAAUCUAUUUC